AUGUCCGGUUUUAUUUAUCCAAACCAACAGCAGAUUCCUGUCCAAUUCAAUGAAGGCAUGAACAGUCAUAGCCAUAGUCAGUCGUUGAACGCUAAUAAUGGUCCUACUAUGGUGUCUUCAAUGAUUCCACCUACACUAAGUCAUCAUAUGGGCUAUAUGUUAAAUCCAAACGGUCAAUUUGGCCACCAACACUCGCAAAGUUUUAAUCAGCCAAUGAUGAAUUUACCACCACCUCCAGGUUUUAAUUAUGGCAAUAACUUUAUCAAGAACAAUGCUGUUAAUAACAUGGUCCAAUAUAGACAACCUCAAAUGAUGUUAUUAACACCAGUUCAAGAGAUAUCUCAUUUAAAAAACUCUGGGGCUCCCGUACUAUCAAAUAAUCUAAAUUAUCCUGUCAUACCAAAAGAACAUCAGAUUCAACGACCUGUCGAACAAGCUACAAAUGGCGGUGUAAACCCCGUUUUAGAUUAUGAUUUGGAAGUUAUGACAGACUAUAUUGUGGAAUUUAGCAUUUUGGCGUUUGAUGCCAAAGAUAAAUUUAAGGAAAAUAGCAAGGAUAAUAACCAAGAUUCUAUUUUAACUUUAUUUAACAAAGGUGUUGGCUCCGUUUUGAAUGCCACCAGAUUGCCUUCUGUUACUAUUUUCCAAGGUUUACAUUUUUUAUCUAAAUACUUAUCCAGGUUACCUAAUCGUCAUGCUUCAAUUGGUGGUAAUAGCAUUAAUAUUAUUUACCAACACACUAUGAUUGGUUUGAUUUUAGCUAAUAAGUUUAACGAUGAUAAGACAUUUACAAAUAAAUCUUGGUCAGAGGCUACCGGUAUGCAAUUGACCAUUAUCAAUGAAUAUGAAAGAGAUUGGCUAAAGGUGUUUGAUUGGAAAUUGUUCGAUGAUAAGUUUAUAUUAUACAACGAUUACGUGACAGCUUAUAAGACAUUUGUGCAGGAAAGCACAUUUGCUUGUGAGCCAAUAAAACUCCAAUCACAUUUUACAACUCCAACGUCAGCAACUCCUCUUCCUCAUCCUUCUAAUGAGGUUAGAAUCCCAGCUUUUCAAAGCUCAGAACAUCUAUUUUCUUCUCCAUACUUUUGCAUUAGUGAUGACGAAUAUCACCAUAAUGCUGGAAAUCCAACAUACUCUAACCAAUUCCAGCCACAAAUGUCUAUAUGCAUGGCUCCUUCAAUGCAAACGCAACCACAGAUGAGUUGUGAAAUGAAUGGUAACUCUAAUUUCAACUUAUCAAGUAGCCCAUUAGCAAGCAGCCCAAUUAGACAAGGACAAUUUAAUAAUUCUCAUAACAAUCUCAGUUGCCAGUCGGUAGAAAAUUAUAAUAAUUACAGUCACUUUAACGAUUUUUUGUCGCAGUCUAACAAUCUAGUCCCAUCCCAAAAUCAGGUUCCAGGUAUUUUACCGUAUCAACCAAAUUUUUACAACAAUUGGAAUUUAAACUAUCAAAAUAAUAGCACUAAUUCUGAUGUAAAAUUUGAUUAUGAUACUAAGUAUUUCAUCAAUCCAAUCAGUUGUUAA